CUUUGGUCCUGGAAUUCUGGUUAGUUGGGUCAUCUCUUUCUUUUCCUCGCUAUAUCCUCGCAACUUAACAUUGGCAUUUUCCAAUUCCUGAAGGAAGAGAGAGAGGGAGAGAAUUCGUUUUCUCUCCUCUGUGUCUGUCGUCUAAAGCUUAAUUCCGAUGGGGACUCCGGAAUUCCCUGAUCUCGGCAAGCAUUGCUCUGUUUCUUGUUGCAAGCAGCUUGAUUUCUUGCCCUUCACAUGCGAUCGCUGUAAUCAGAUAUAUUGUUUGGAGCACCGAGGUUAUAUUAAACAUAAAUGCACAAAGGCCAACAAACAUGAUGUCACAGUUGCCAUAUGCCCUCUUUGUGCCAAAGGAGUUCGCCUCAUUCCAGAUCAAGACCCAAACAUAACAUGGGACAACCAUGUUAACGUUGAUUGUGACCCAUCAAACUACGAGAAAAUCACAAAGAAGAGAAAAUGCCCUGCCCCUGGAUGCAAAGAGGUCUUAGUAUUCUCCAACACAAUCAAGUGCCGGGACUGCUUGAAAGACCAUUGCUUGAAGCACCGGUUUGGCCCUGACCACAAAUGUUCCGGUCCCAAAAAGUUGGAGACAAGUUUUUCAUUCAUGAGUCUUUUGAAUAGGAGUAGAAAAGAGGAGCCAAAGCCCAAUUUAACUUCAACAGCACCAUCUAAGUGGAGUUCAAGCUUUCUCAAAGUGGCUUCCAACAUUCGCGCCUCAGCUCAAGUGAGCAUGUCGAAAUUGGGCGAUGAAAUUAACCAAGUUUGGCAGGCAGCUACUACAAGAGACGGGGUGGGGCAAAGCAGUGGCAGUGGAAAUAGAAAUGAUCAUCAAGUGGAGCAAUGCCCUCAGUGUGGAUCAAAGUUUUCCUCUGUGACUGCUUUGGUGGAUCAUGUGCAAAAGGUUCAUGAAAGAAAUGGAAACCGAUUAGGGGUUAAGAAGAUUGAUGCAUGUCCUAAGUGUAGUAGGGGAUUUCUUGAUCCUGUGUCCCUUGUGGAGCAUGUUGAGAGGGAUCAUGGAGGUGGUUCUAGAGCAUAGGAAAUUGCAUUCUAAUUAAAUGGAUUUUCUUUUUAUUCAUAUGAUAUAAGCAUCAUUUUGUCCUGUUUUA